GUCGGCACAAAAGAGUGAGCUUGGAGGUGGAUUUGAUCAUUUGUUGCUUGAUGGAAUGUAUCAGUACGGUGCGGUUAAUGCGGCGGUUAAUGCUUAUGGAAGUAGUGGGAGUGCGAGUAGCGUUGCGUUUGGUUCUGCAGGAAGACCAGCAGCCUCAAUGUUGGCACUGCCCGCGCCGCCACCAACGUCCAACGGAAACGGAGGCAGGAGUCUGGUGACCAUGGACCCGUUCGCGGCGUCUCUAGAGGUGGUUCCACCGUCGUACGUGCAGAUGAGUGAUAUGGAGAAAAAACAAAGAUUGGUAAUGGAAGAACAAAUGAUGUGGGAUCAAUACAACAGAAAUGGAAGACUAGGUCACAUGCAAAACCAACAACAACAUUUUCAUGUUCCAUACUCCAUGGGACCUUAUUCUUACACACCUCACUACUGAUUUUUUUUGUUUCUUGAAAAAAAAAACGCCAUGUUUGAUCAGAUUGUCUUGUCUGAUGUAAAUUGCAACUCUUCUAAUUAUUUUGAAUUCUGAUAUCAAAAUAGCAUACUUUGUAUCAAAACUAAGAGUUGACAAAAAUAUUUAAAAAAGAAAAUAUAUA